CUGAGCUUCAGACGUUCAAAAAGACUCCUGAACAUCUAAGAUUAACCACCAAAAAGGACGGGAUGGCCUUCUCACUAGGCACGAUCCUCUAUGUCACUCUCCUCCUAGUCAACGCGAUUGCGGUGCUGAAUGAAGAACGCUUCCUAGCCCGUAUUGGACUAUCAACCCAAACAUCCAAUCCUUCCACUUACAACCCAUCCUUCGACCAAUCAUAUGGAGGUGGGCCCUCUGGUCCGUCCGUGCGAGAUCAGCUGGUGAACCUGAUUGGUGCUGUGCGGACGCUGUUACGAUUACCGCUCAUUGCUGCGAACGUGGUGGUGAUCGUUUACGAGCUACUGCUUGGAUAGACCGGAUGGUAGCAUGAUAUUGUGAUGAGGAAGGAGUGUGAGAGAGGAAAGGUUUUAGAUGCGCUCCCACUUGCAUACUGUACUCUGCCGGAGCUUGCUUUGCCCAUCUGCGGAGCAAAGCACCAGCCGGCCAUUUGUAUUCCGAUACCCAAACAUUACGAUUGCAUUACCC